AUGCAUUUGGAGCAUGCAGAGGUGCUCAUUUGCGAAGACGAAUUCAAGUACGCACUUCUAGCUAAUAAUUGUAUUUGUCCUGGGAUAUCCACGUUCAUUACCCUUCUGAUGCAUACAUCAAAAGGAGAUGAAGGAAAAAAUUCAACGGAGCCUUGGCAUAAAGUUUAUGGAUUCCAUUCCGGCAAUGAGCUGUAUAUGAUAAAAGCAGAAGAUUCCAAAUUUUUCGGAAGCUUCAUCGGGAAAUCUUUCACUUACGCCUCGUAUUGCGCUCACGACAGAUAUGGAGUGGGCUUGAUAGCAGUGAAGUCUGACGAGCCAAAUGCCAAGUGUCGCCUGAAUCCUGGAGUUACGCACAUCAUCAAGGCUACGGACGUUUUGUACUAUAUGGCCCUAACAAACGAAGAGUCUCUGUAUAACUUCCAGAAAGACCUUAAAGAUCAAAAGAAAAAGGCUAACCUAGCUUCUACUAUCGCCAAUGUUGGUAUUGAAACGCCGUAUUUUGAAAGUGGACUGAAAAGAUUGAAUUACGUCAGGAAGCGUUUCUUGAGAAGAGGAAAGGCGAGAGAUCAAGAGGCACUGAUCAGCGGCUCCCUUAAAAUGCCAAGUCGGUCACAUCCAUCCAUGGAGAGACUCAGUGAGGCGAAGCCAGGUACCUCAAGCGAAUCAGAUAACGAAGAGCACUGUGAAAAAUGCAAAGGCCCUUGUAUAAAGAAGAAACUUGACAACCUUCUUCGAGCAGGCGUUAGUAACGCGGAGCAUGUCGUUGUUGUUAAGGAAUUUGCUUCGUUGGCUGAAGAACAUCUCGCUGAUUGCAGUACCAUCAUCACUGUUCAGAAAAUCCAUAGGAUGUUCCCACAACUACGGAUGAUCACGGAACUCACCCAUACGAGUAAUAUGCGAUUUGUACAGUUUAGCGCAAACAACCCCUACUCGUUGGCUCAAUCCAAAUUUGAGAAGUAUGAGAGAAAACGAGGUUCACACAUGCCUUAUAUGUUCCGUCUUCCAUUCGCACAAGGUGGAGUUUUUAGCGCUAACAUGCUGGAUAGACUGCUUUAUCAGGCCAUCAUCAAGCCGUACGUUGUGACGCUAACGCGAUUACUGCUUGGCAUCGAUCAAUCUGCUGGAAGUGGCUACCUUUCCUCGGUGGUGGUCACAUCUGAAGAUCUUUGGAUCAAGACAUAUGGACAACUCUAUAAGAGAUUAUGUUCAUCGGGCGCUAAUAUUCCUCUAGGAAUAUUCAGAACGAAGAAUAUGGACAGUAAGACGGUCUCUCAUGAAAUGGAGGAAAGGUGUCACUUAGUGGAUGCUUCACAGCUCGAAAUGGCUGUCGAGCGAAGGAAGGAAAUGCUGAAUCAUAUCAGAACGAGAAUGAGAAACUUGGGAAUAACAGAUGAUGCAGAAAGUGAGUGUUUAAUGAAACUGAGCCGCACCAUAGAUGGACUAAAUUACGCAAAAGAUUGA